GUCACAACCCGGGCUCCCGCCCAGCCCAUCCAGCUCUCCCGCUUGUCUGUGCCCGAGGCGGCGGCGGCUGCCUAGUGACAGCGGUGGCGGCACCAGGCCAGCCGGAGCAGUGUAGGGUGGUGCGGCCCUGAAACGCACACCCGGACAAAGGGCGGCGUGGCGCGAGGAAGACCCGACCCGGGUCGCGCGUGAGGGGACCUCGCGGGCGCGGGGCGAGAGGCCGGCGUGAGGGAGCGUCCAGGCGGUGGCCGCCGGCGCCUGGGUCCCGCCUGCCGCCGCCGGCAUGAGCCACAUCCAGAUCCCGCCCGGGCUCACAGAGCUGCUGCAGGGCUACACCGUGGAGGUGUUGCGGCAGCAGCCGCCCGACCUCGUAGACUUCGCGGUGGACUACUUCACCCGCCUGCGCGAGGCCCGCUCCAGAGCCUCCACCCCGCCCGCCGCCCCUCCUUCCGGCUCCCAGGGUCUAGAGCCCGGCCCUGGCCUUGUCGCCGAUGCGAUCGCGGACAGCGAGUCGGAGGACGAAGAGGACUUGGAUGUUCCGGUUCCUAACAGAUUUGAUCGGCGAGUAUCAGUCUGUGCUGAGACCUAUAACCCUGAUGAGGAAGAGGAGGAUACUGAUCCAAGGGUGAUUCAUCCUAAAACUGAUCAACAGAGGUGCAGACUUCAGGAAGCUUGCAAAGAUAUUCUUCUUUUCAAAAAUCUUGAUCAGGAACAGCUUUCUCAAGUCCUCGAUGCCAUGUUUGAAAGGACAGUCAAAGUUGAUGAGCAUGUCAUUGACCAAGGAGAUGAUGGGGACAACUUUUAUGUCAUUGAACGGGGAACCUAUGAUAUUUUAGUAACAAAAGAUAAUCAAACCCGCUCUGUUGGUCAGUAUGACAACCAUGGCAGUUUUGGAGAACUAGCUCUGAUGUACAACACCCCGAGAGCUGCUACCAUUGUCGCUACUUCAGAAGGCUCCCUUUGGGGACUGGACCGUGUGACGUUUAGAAGAAUUAUAGUGAAAAAUAAUGCAAAAAAGAGGAAGAUGUUUGAAUCAUUUAUUGAAUCUGUGCUGCUUCUUAAAUCACUAGAGGUGUCAGAACGAAUGAAGAUUGUGGAUGUAAUAGGAGAAAAGGUCUAUAAGGAUGGAGAGCGCAUAAUCACUCAGGGUGAAAAGGCUGAUAGUUUUUACAUUAUAGAGUCCGGAGAAGUGAGCAUCUUGAUUAAAAGCAAGACUAAAGCAAACAAGGAUGGUGGGAACCAAGAGGUCGAGAUUGCCCGCUGCCAUAAGGGGCAGUACUUUGGAGAGCUUGCACUGGUCACCAACAAACCCAGAGCUGCUUCGGCUUAUGCAGUGGGAGAUGUGAAAUGCUUAGUUAUGGAUGUACAAGCAUUUGAGAGGCUUCUGGGGCCCUGCAUGGACAUCAUGAAGAGGAACAUCUCACACUACGAGGAACAGCUGGUGAAGAUGUUCGGCUCCAGCAUGGAUCUGAUAGAUCCUGGGCAGUAGGUGUGCCACACCCCAGAGCCUUCUCAGUGUGACACCAAAACCUUCCGGUCAGCCACAGAACACAAACAGAAAAUGUGACAAAACUGUUCCUGCUGUUGCCGCCACCACUGCCAUUGCUAUGGCUGUGGGCGUUUAGAAAACUUGGAAGUCAGCACUAAAGGAUGGGUAGAGGUUCAACCCACACCUCCACUUUGCUUCUGAAAGCCCAUUAUUAGACCACUUGUAAUGAUUACUCCAACCCAGUUUUCACAUCUUUGGUUCAAAAUGGCAUGUGUCUCCAAAAAUUUAAGUGCCUGAUACAAAGUCCAAAGUGUAAACAUCUUCCUUUCCUCUCUUGCUGCUACUGUUGCUUUUAGAAGUUACCACAGGUUGGCACAAACCUGAUGUAUAACUGUAGACACCCUCCCCCAACCUCAUUUGUCCUUUGAGACAUUGUCCUUUGUCCUUUCCUCAUUUGUCCUUUGAGAAAGUCCACAACUGUAGCCUUUGGUUUUACCAUCAAAAACGGUGGCAGAUGUGAUGGAGGUCUGUGGUCCUGUGGCAUUGUACUGUCUGCUGACAGUGGUACACAUGACAGCUGUCCCCAAACUCUCAGUGAUGCUUAGGGAGAGACCCUGCCCAGGGCCCAGCAGGUCAGCACCCCAAAGCACACUGAUCAGACGUCGGAACCCACGUUAGAGCAGAAAAUUUGAGUUUAGCACAUUUUACAGGUAGCAGAGAGCCAGGGAAGGUUUUCUGGGUUGGGGGCGGCGGUGUUUUAUUUUGUUUUAGUAGAUUUUGUUUUGUUUAAUCUCUGUGCAGUUUACAUGAGUGAAUUGCUGUCCAUUUAUAAGGACCUGGGGUCUGGGAGUGCCAUCACUGUAUCUGACCUAAAUACUUUCCUGGGCAACUCCUGCC